AUGCUCUGCUCUUGCUCUCGCAUCCUCGCUCAUAAAAAUCUAAACUUUGCAUCAUUAUCAGCUUCUUUUUUAUUAUCAAAGCAACUAUCUUUUAAUUCCAAGCAAGCCCUUCCGCCUUCUUUGCAUAAUUCACCAGUUCCUUUGAUUUCUCAGUCAGUCAAAACAGGGGUGCCAGGGCCUUUAUUGGGUUCUUUGAGAUUCAAUCAUUCAAUGGCUAGUCAAUCUAGUGCUCAAUCAGUUCACGAUUUCACUGUUAAAGAUGCUAGGGGAAAUGAUGUUGACCUUAGUGUUUAUAAGGGGAAGGUCCUCUUGAUUGUCAAUGUUGCUUCACAAUGUGGCUUGACCGAUUCAAACUACACGGAGCUGACCCAGCUAUAUGAAAAAUACAAGGAUCAAGGUUUGGAGAUUCUGGCUUUUCCAUGCAAUCAGUUUGGAUCUCAGGAGCCAGGGAGCAAUGAACAAAUAGUGGAGUUUGCUUGUACUCGCUUUAAGGCUGAGUAUCCCAUAUUUGAUAAGGUUGACGUAAAUGGUAACAACGCUGCUCCAAUUUACAAGUUCUUGAAGUCUAGCAAGGGUGGACUUUUUGGGGACAGCAUCAAAUGGAAUUUCUCCAAAUUCCUGGUUGAUAAAGAUGGCAAAGUUGUGGAUCGUUAUGCUCCCACCACCUCCCCUCUUAGCAUUGAGAAGGAUGUGAAAAAACUACUAGGGAUUGCUUAA